AUGAGUGAUGUCGAGACGGUGUUCAACGAAGACUCGCCGCUGUCGCCGUGUGUGUGGACGUAUCCAGUCGUCGAAGCAACAUCUGAAGUAGCACCAACAGGAGCCAAAGACAAAGUAGCAGAAGAAGAAGAAGACGAAGAAGAAGGUCCACUCGCAGCGAAGCUGAAUGCAGCGGCCCCCACGCGGCUCUUCCAGAACAAACCGUCUCGACUCGACCGCAAGCAGCACCUCCCACGCCACGAGCUGCAGCUGUCGCCUGGGUCCCAACUUGAUGUCCUUGCGCAGAUCAGUGAACUCGCUGACGCGCAGUCGCGACCAUCCGUUGCAACAUCGAGACCGACUCGACAGAUGCAGCGUGCGAGCAUAUGGGGCACAGGUACACAAACAGCGAAGCGGUCAUCAGCUGCGGCCUCCAGAAUAGCGGCGAAGAGGCAGAAACAUGCUCCGAAGCAGUCAGCGCGGUCACAGGCCGAGCGGCUUACUGCAGAUAUGCUGGACUGGGAGACUUGCAGCGAGGGCGAGUUAUUUGCACUGGACGAGGAAGAGGAGGCAGAUCUGUGGGUCUACGAAGACAUUCUGGACAGCGAUUUUGAGACGUGA